AUGCUACAGCAGCUGCCGGAGUUCGCAGGAUGCGAUGUGACGCGAAGUAGACAGCCGAGGAUCCUGUCCGAGAUGGACAUCAUCGUGGAUGUCGGUGAUGUCUACGAUCCUGGCCAGCUGCGCUUCGACCAUCACCAGCGAGGAUUCUUCGAAACUGCAGAUGGCAUCCCUGGCGCAGCCAAAGGACCGGACGAGGCCACUGGCCGUUGGAAGACUAGACUAUCGUCCAGUGGCCUGGUGUACAAACACUUUGGGCGGGAUCUGAUCCGGCAGCUGGCAGCGACAGAUGCCGAGAGCACCGAGCUUGUUUGGGCAGAGGUCUAUGAUAGGUUCGUCGAGUGCAUCGAUGCCAUUGACAACGGGGUUGAGAUGUGCGCUGAGGGCAUCCCUCGCUUCAAGGACUGCACAGGCCUUUCUGCACGUGUCGCCCGGCUGAAUCCUCGCUGGAAUGAGGCCUGCGAUGACGAAAUUUUGCAGCAUCGCUUCGAGGCUGCGUCAGCUAUGUGUGGUUCAGAGUUCCUGGAGGUCCUCAGCGACGUCGUGGAGUCCUGGCUUCCGGCACGCGCCUGCGUGGCCGCGGCGAUGGCAGCACGUGAGGAAGUUCACAGCUCCGGACAGGUCCUUAGACUCGACUCCGGAAAGAUUCCGUGGAGGAGUCACAUCUUUGACCUGGAGCGUGAACUUGACCUUGAGGGUCACAUCAAAUUCAUCGUCUACCCAGAAGAGGACCUCUUCCGGGUACGGGCAGUUCCCAUCGAAGGUCGUUUCUUUACGAAUCGCCUCUCUCUGCCAGAGUCUUGGCGAGGCCUGCGGGACGAUGCCUUGGUGCAAGCCAGUGGAAUCGAAGGAUCCUGUUUCGCCCAUGUCAACGGCUUCAUCGGAGGGAACUACACUCUUGAGGGAGCUCUUGCCAUGGCAGAUGCUAGCUUGCGAUCGAGCUUGGAGUAA